CAUCCCUAUUAAUUAAUCGAGUAUUCGGGUAUUUUUGGUUUUGGUAAGACGCUGAAUUUGAUCGAAAAAUACAUUAAUUUAAUAAAAUUUAAUUAACGUUUUUGAUAAUACGACAUGGCGUCGUUGGAUCUACUAACACCACAUUUAUCCAAAAUUAAAAUACCCACCUCGCAACAACUGAUCUACAAAGAUGAGUGUGUGUAUUCUUUUGACAAUCCGGAAUCUGACACGGGCUUGUAUGUGUCGCUCGUGAGCUACCUCGGCUUUGGUCGCAACUACGUCGAGCAGUAUUUCCAGAAGACAGGCAACAAUGUCUUCCUUCACAUCAAGAGGGAAAAGAUACCCGUCCCAGAACCAGAGAAGACCGGUGAUGGUCCAGAGAAGAAGAUCACUCGGUUAGCGAUAGGCGUUGAAGGCGGGUUCGAUCCCGCGUGUGGCAAACCGAAGUUCACAUACACUGACCACUACAACGUUGUGGUGCUGCCUGGCUUCCAUACUUUCCCGUGGCCAAACCCUGCCCUGCCUGAAAUUGUAAACAAAGCCGUCCAAGCAGUGAUAGACGCGGAGUCCCCCUUCAAGAUCGCAGAGCUGGCCGCCAUGCAGGGUACCUGGGACGGAGAGAAGCGUGAAGUCUCUGUGCAUGCUGUGAACUUGAAGCAGCUAGACAAUGGUGUGAAGAUCCCUCCAUCAGGCUGGAAGUGCGACAAGUGUGACCUCACCACCAACCUCUGGCUGAACCUGACGGACGGCUCCGUGCUCUGCGGCCGCAAGUUCUUCGAUGGUUCCGGGGGAAAUGAUCACGCUGUGGAACACUAUCGGGAGACGGGCUUCCCUCUAGCCGUGAAACUAGGCACCAUCACCGCUGAUGGCAAGGGUGAUGUCUUCUCCUACGCUGAGGAUGACAUGGUCGAGGACCCCUUCCUGGCCGACCAUCUAAAACAUUUUGGUAUCAAUGUGCAACAAUUGCAAAAGACGGACAAAUCAAUGAUCGAGUUAGAGCUGGAGCUGAACCAGCGCAGUGGGGAGUGGAACACCUUGCAGGAGUCGGGCAGUGAACUCAGGCCUCUGUGUGGGCCCGCACUCACGGGACUUAACAACCUUGGCAACACUUGCUAUAUCAACAGUGUUGUACAGGUAUUGUUCCGCAUGCCUGACUUCGUGCGUCGGUUCGUCGAUGGAGCACCAGAGAUCUUCUCCACCUUCCCAGAGGACCCAGUCAAUGACUUCAAUGUGCAAACUGCGAAAUUGGGCGUGGGCCUAGUAUCGGGUCGCUACUCGUUCCCGAGCUCGGAGGGCGGGUUCCAGGCGGGUGUGUCCCCCCACAUGUACCGCAACCUGGUCGGGAAGGACCAUCCCGAAUUCAUGAGCAAGAGGCAGCAGGAUGCUCAUGAGUUCUAUCUGCAUCUACUGUCGCUCUUACAGCGCCACAGCCGGCACGCGUGGAACCCGGCGGAGUGCCUGCGGUUCAGCGUGGAGGAGCGCGUGCAGUGCGCGGCGUCGCGCGGCGUGCGCUACACGCGGCGCGCCGAGCACCACCUGCCGCUGCCCGUGCCGCUGCGCGCCGCCACCAACCUGCCGCAGCUGCACGACUACGACGCGCGCCGCGCCGCCGCCGACGCCAGCGGACAGCGACUGGACCCAUCAGAUAUAGUGCGGCCACACAUCCCAUUCCAAGCGUGUCUGGACAGCUUCAUGAAGGAGGAGACCGUCGAGCAGUUCUUCAGCAGUGCUGUCAACAAGAAGGUUACUGCUCACAAAAUCACUCGUCUUGCCACAUUCCCAGACUUCCUGUUGAUCCAGUUGAAGAAGUUUACUAUCAAGGAAGACUGGACGCCCGCCAAACUAGACGUCGCCGUCGAUAUGCCUUGGGAGGUGGACCUAAGCUGCCUGCGCGGUCGCGGCCUGCAGCCCGACGAGGUAUUGUUGCCCGACACCGCGCCCGAGACUCCGGCGCCCGUUUUCGACGAGGGAUUGCUCUCACAACUUUUAGACAUGGGCUUCCCUCUAGAGGCGUGUAAGAAGGCGUUAUACUACACAAACAACUGCGGUAUGGAGGCCGCCUCUAACUGGCUCAUGGAGCACAUGACUGACUGGGACUUUGCCAACAAGUUCGUUCCGCCCGGCGCUGCAGGUGCAGCGGAUAGUGGCGUGGCGAGUGUAGACGAGGCGAGCGUGGAGCAGAUAAUGGGCAUGGGCUUCACCCGCGCGCAGGCGGCGCGCGCGCUGGCCGCCACGCAGGGCGACGUGGCGCGCGCCCUCGACUGGAUCUUUAGCCGGGUCGAUGAACUCGACGCCGCAGAGGCCGAGGUGCCCGCCCAUCCUGAUGCGGACCGCACCCUCGGCUGCAGGGACGGACCCGAGAAAUACAGAUUGGUGGCGUUCAUCUCUCACAUGGGCACGUCCUCCAUGGUGGGGCACUAUGUGUGCCACGUGCUGCACGAGGGACGAUGGGUCAUAUUCAAUGAUAACAAGGUGGCGCUAUCAGAAAAUCCGCCUAAAGAUCUCGGCUACCUGUACCUAUACGAAAGGCUGUGAUCAUCAUGUUAGAACUGACUUGUUUGUACCAAAAAUCGCUGGCACGGUUGUAUGGGAUACGAAUAUCUGUGUUAGACUGCGUUUGUAUUAUGUAAACAUUAAGAGAUUUUAAUAAAAACAACUUUUAGGCGAUAUUUAUUUUAUAGAAAAAUAAAAAACAAAUUGUUAAGAAAUUUAAUUAGGUUAAUAAAAUUUUUAUCUAAUUAUUUUGCAUAGAAAAUGCUUUGUGUUGCAAUUUAACGUAAGAUUUUUUAUCUGUUUUGUAGUUUGACAGUUAAGAUGUAGUUAAUGAAUUAGAUAAUGCAUAAUCCUUGAAAGCAGGAAGGACAGCAGUAUUUCAAGUGUGUAUAUUACACAAGGAAUCUCGGGCUCUUUUAAAUAAUAUACAUUUGUAAACAAUUAUGUCAUAUAUUAUAUGCUGUAUAUUAUUUUCCUGGUAUAUAUUGUACAAUAUUUUAGAACUGUACUAGAAGUACAAUUUUUUAGUAACUUACUGCCGUACCAUAUUAAUAAAUGCAUUUAUUGAAGAAGCAGCUUACUGUUGAAUUAUUUAACUGUAAAAUAUCAGUAAACAUCACUAUAAACAACGAAAACUGAAAAUAAAUUAUGAAUGAAACUG